AUGUUAUUCAUCUGCAGCAUUGUCACAGCGAAACGUCGCACUUCUCCAAGCUCCGACACAGACUCGAGCAAAAUGCCACGAGCCUUCAUCGCCGCUGCGCUGCUCGCAGCUUUCGCUCUCCGGACGCCCGAGGCGGCUAUCUUGACACCGGUGGACCAUUUGGCCAACUGGUUACCAGCGCUGCAGACGAAUAACAUUGUAGAGUCUCUCAACUUUUGCGAACAUUGUGUUUGUGGAAUCAGCCAUCGGACGAAAAUCGUAAACGGAGAUAUAACGAGCUUCGAUGAGUUCUCGUGGGCAGUUCAAAUCAAAUACAACAAUAAACAUCACUGCGGAGGGAGUUUGAUUACCUCGAGACACAUUCUUACGGCUGCUCAUUGUAUUGAAGAGUUCGAUCAGAAGCUGUUCUCCGUUCAUUUAGCUGACAACGCUACUUACAGAAUUAAGUCGUUCACAGUGCACGAAAAUUACAAUUAUUAUUCCGAUGAUAAUGACGUUGCAAUUAUCGAGCUCGCCAGGCCAGUACGAUUGGACGGAGCCAUCAAAACUGUUUGCUUACCCAACAAAACGACUUUCAAGUACAGCGGGAUGACAGGAGUGGCGAUCGGUUGGGGAAGGCUUGGAUACAACGAACCUAUCAGCGAACAUUUACGUAAAGUUGAUCUGCCAAUAAUGUCCAAAACAGAAUGUUUAAGAUCGCAGUACCCGAAGAGUCGCGUCACUGACAACAUGUUUUGCGCUGGAUAUCACGAAGGAGGACGCGAUUCUUGCCGAGGCGACAGUGGUGGUCCAUUACACGUUCGCAAUGAUGACGACGCGAUGGAAAUUGUUGGUAUUGUUUCGUUCGGCGAAGAAUGUGCUAAGAAGAAUUACCCGGGUGUUUACACGAAAGUCACCAAUUAUUUGGAAUGGAUUGGAAAGCAAUUAAAGAACGAAUGUCUCUGUUCGCCACCACAGUAUCGAUAG